AUGAGCAGAAUUCUCCAGCCGUGCGGAUACGAGUCUCGCCAUCAGACGUUCAGCAAGCCUUUGCAACUCCCUCGCCACUGUCGUGAAGAACAUGAAGAGACCGUCACACCAGUGGAGGAGGUCCGUCCCAUUCGGCUUCGGUUGAGUCAGCCCAAGAGACAAAACCCUGAAUCGUUGGAGGAUAGCCCACGAAAAGGCCUGCUUAUACUCCUUCCUACGAAACAGACCCUGAGUGGCACGUCGACUUCAGAUCCAACGGAAGCUCAAGAACAUUGCUCUGAGUCGAAAAGUUUUGCCAAACGGCCUACCAUUCGUAUCAAGGGAGGAAAUGGACAUGACAAUGCUUGCCCGUCGAACUCUAGCUUCAGUACUAGAUCCACUUCAGACGCCAGCGGCAAAUGUCAGGUCUCCAGCCAUGGCUCCAAAAUUACCCCAACGGCUGCACCGCGUAUCCCCACGCCCAAUGUCCGCCCACUAGCUCCUAUAUCGCAGCUCACAGUCAGUUUAAGAUCUGCCGAACACAAGGACUAUAGAUCUUGUACCGAUGGACAGUCUAGUAGGACUGACACCACUGUCUAUACAAAGGCCUGCGGCGUCUAUUCCAAGGAGAAAGCCUCACCAAAGAAGGUCAGAACGAACGGCGGUCGGCAUCAUUGUCCAAGAUGCGAUACACAGUUUACACGAGCACGCGGUGUCAAGGGACACUUUGUUGGGUGCAUCACCAAAUAUGGCAAUCCCGACAGAUUGAAGUGGACUGAUCACCCGAGUCUUGAGGGAACCGUCAAAUUUUAUGCUCGCAGCGGACACCAACGUCAGGAAAAUGUCUUUGUACCGCAGGCAGCGGACUUACAUCGAAACGAGAAAAAGUCGUCUUCCCUCGUACUUAAACCGCUGUCUACUAUUGUCGAAGAAAAUAGUGGGAGUGUCGAGCCAGUGUACACGCCACCUAGACAGGACGUCUUACAACAGAAAGAUAUCGUACAGCCUAUACACAAGCGUCGAGACGCCCUCAGGCGCUCGAAAUACAAUGCGGAGACAAUCGCUAGAGAUGUCCUGCUUGCAAUGGGAAGUCAUCCUGUUAUGGAUCCGCUGAAUGCUCAUCUGGACAUACUACGGAAAAGAUCCAGAGUUGUUAAUCUUGAGUCGAACAUGAGCACUUUCAGAUGGGAUCUUGUAGAUCCUGAGCAAGAAGCUCAGCAAGGACCUGAACGACAGGCUGAAGAAGAAGAAGAAGAAGAAGAAGAAGAAGAAGCCGAACCAGAACAGUCUGCUCCUAAGGCUUCCGAAGCCGAGGGAGAUACAGAAGAAUCUGAAUUCAACAAUGCCCAGUGGUACUACGAUGCAUCGUCCUCUCUUUCGUCACAAUCUUCAACGGAAACGGGCGUCUUUCACCAUGAAGUCCCCUUCAGGGUGGUUUUGCCAGAAAAGACGCACUUUGGCCCCAUGUCGACUAUAUUCGCAAGCGUCUUUGAUCGCGACCCGUCUGCUAGGCUUAUGUCUAGUAACGGGGACCUUUGGGCUGCCAUAUUCACCAUGCUCGAACGAGGUUACCAUGAACGGGACUUUGUGCUCCAUGCUGCCGUGAGGGAAUCCACUGGCGAUGUUGUUGGAUGGGUCGCAUGUCAGGAGGUAGAUGCGCAUCAAGCAAGGCCCGUAGAUCCAUCAGCGUACCUGGACUGGACGACAGCUGCACACGUCCUGCCUUCGCAAAUAUCAAGAUUCACAACAACGAAGGAAAGCGCAAAGGAGAAAGCUGAGCAUUCGAAGCAGAGAAAGGUCGGCCAAGGUCUCGCGUCGACGAUCCAGGCUCGAGCCACCGAGGCCCAGAUGUACCUUGUCCCCAUUGGUCGUCUGGUCAUCAAUGCCCUCGUCGUUCAUCCUCUACACCAAGGACGUGGAGUCGCCUCUGCGCUACUCAAUUCUAUCACAGAGAUCGCGGACAUGAGAAAGAGACCAAUCUGGGUUCAGGCACCGGAAGACCCUGCAGUUGCGCAGGGAGCGCUCAAGGAAGGGCUUUUUCGGCGAGCAGGCUUCACAUGUGCUGGUGAGCUGAACUUGGAUCUGGAUUCCUAUGCCUCGGGGUCUCGGCAGUGCGAUAAGGGGAAAGGAGUCUCGCUUGGUACUUACAAAUGGAACUACAUGCUGCGCUUGCCUCAGCCGGUAAAAGACCGGGAGCAGGGCAGAACUAAAAUAGCUCUGCUCGAUGAUCCUACGCCCAAAGCAAGAGCGGACAACCCCUCAAGAAACAAUGUACCUGGGGGUGGAGCAGUUUUGGACCCGGGUUGGUUCGGCUUUCACCCGUCAAAUGGCGAGCCAGCACCAGGUGGCAAGCAUUUUUCAGCGCUUCUCAGCGCUGUACUCCAAUAG